AUGGCACUCGAUUACACGAAGGAGUACUGUCAGGACGCUACCUAUAAGGGUCAUUCUACAAUCAAGCAGCACUGGCUUGCCCUGGAGCUGUGGAACUCUUUCUUCCAGCACAACAAGCUGUACGCACACAAAGGACUUMUGUUCCCAUGCACGUUCUCGACCCUUCCCCCGAAGGUCAAACAGCACGAAAGCGAGCACUGA